AUGACUGCCGAUAUAGAACAACAACCACAAGAAUAUGAUGACGGCGGUCUGCCAGGUCCUGGAGCCCCAACGCCGCUUUCAGCUCUUGAGGGCGUUGCAGGUUUGACUGCACGAGAUAUUAAGCUCAUCGUCGAUGGUGGCUUUCAUACUGUGGAGUCGGUUGCGUACACUCCUAAGCGUGUGCUUGAGCAGAUCAAAGGUAUCUCAGAGCAGAAAGCGACGAAGAUCUUAGCGGAGGCUUCCAAACUCGUCCCUAUGGGGUUCACAACGGCUACGGAAAUGCAUGCACGUCGAAGCGAGCUUAUAUCCAUUACGACUGGAUCAAAACAACUAGACACACUACUCGCCGGAGGUAUUGAGACGGGAUCUAUAACCGAGAUAUUUGGAGAAUUCAGGACGGGAAAGAGUCAGCUUUGUCACACACUGGCAGUCACUUGCCAAUUGCCAUUCGAUAUGGGUGGCGGCGAAGGAAAAUGUCUCUAUAUUGAUACUGAAGGCACCUUUCGUCCCGUGCGAUUACUUGCCGUUGCCCAACGAUAUGGCCUCGUCGGAGAAGAAGUACUAGACAACGUCGCAUAUGCUCGCGCCUACAACUCGGAUCAUCAACUACAGCUUCUCAACCAGGCAUCUCAGAUGAUGUGUGAGACCCGCUUCUCGCUUUUGAUUGUCGACUCAGCAACCGCGCUUUACCGAACCGAUUUCAAUGGUCGUGGUGAGUUGUCCAAUCGUCAAACUCAUUUAGCCAAGUUCUUGCGUACCUUGCAGCGACUCGCGGAUGAAUUUGGAAUUGCAGUCGUGAUUACAAACCAAGUUGUCUCGCAGGUCGAUGGUGGCCCAAGUUCAAUGUAUAACCCUGAUCCUAAGAAACCCAUCGGUGGUAAUAUCAUUGCCCAUGCAAGCACGACUCGUUUAAGCUUGAAGAAGGGUCGAGGCGAGACUAGAAUAUGCAAAAUUUACGACAGUCCCUGUCUACCUGAGAGUGACUGUCUGUUCGCGAUUAGGGAGGAUGGUAUUGGUGAUCCUAGCCCGAAGGAUCUGGAGAAUGAGUAG